AAUGUGGCAACAGAUGUUUGUUUAUUUAUUGAAAUCGAAAUCACCGAAAACUAAGACAUUUAUCAGAAAUUAAUUCUUUUUUAAAUUUAUCAUCUUAUUAUAGUCUUUGUCUAAUAAAAAAAAGCUCACAUUAAUCCUUAAAAAUGACUAUUCUAUCAUUGUAUUGCAGAAAUUUGCGGAAAUUGCCAAUAAGUCUCGUUCGAACUACUUGGGCUGCUAUGAGUAUGAAUAAUGAAGUAAUUCUUGAAACUGCUGGAAAUAAGGGAGUCAUAACUUUAAAUAGGCCUAAAGCUCUCAAUUCUCUUAAUCUGAACAUGAUAAGAAAAAUAUAUCCGCAAUUAAAGGCUUGGGAUACUAAUCCUGAUAUUAAAUUAGUAAUAGUAAAAUCAUCUAGUGAACGAGCAUUCUGCGCCGGAGGAGAUGUGAGAGCACUUGCAGAAGCUCAUAAAGCUGGAAACCCAACAAUGGCUGAAGAGUUCUUUAGAGAAGAAUAUCAACUCAACAAUUUAAUAGGAACUCUACAAAUACCUUAUGUUGCACUAAUUGAUGGAAUUACUAUGGGUGGAGGGAUUGGUAUUUCUGUGCACGGGGCAUUUAGAGUAUGCACCGAACGAACUGUUUGUGCAAUGCCUGAAGCUGCAAUUGGUUUUUUCCCAGAUGUUGGAGGCAGCUAUUUUCUUCCUAGACUUCCCGGUAAAAUUGGAUUGUUUCUUGCAUUGACAGGGUACAGACUUCAAGGACGUGAUGUAUUUAAAGCGGGCAUUGCAACUCACUUCGUAGACACUGGAGGUUUAAAACAUUUAGAAACUGAACUGAUGCGAUUAGAAAAUCCUACCCUCUCUGAUGUAGACAGAAUUCUCUUGAAAUUUCAUCAGCAGUGUGAGGCUGAUUACAAGAAGGAGUUUGCCUUAAAACCUGUUAUGGGGAAAAUGAAUACUGUCUUUGAGGCAGAUAGCGUAGAAACAAUUAUGGAAAAUCUUAAAAAAGAAGGUUCUGAGUGGUCUCGUAAAAACUAUGAAGCUGUGAAAAAACUGUCUCCCACAUCACUGAAGGUGUCUUUUGAGCAAUUAAAGAGAGGGGCUGAUAUGACAUUGCAAAAUGGACUCGUCAUGGAAUAUAGGCUGUGUCAGAGAUUCAUGGCUGAUCAUGAUUUUCAUGAUGGCGUUAGAGCUGUUCUUAUUGACAGAGACAAUAAGCCAACUUGGAAACCUGCAACUCUUGAAGAAGUCUCUGCAGAAAAAGUGAACUCGUAUUUUGAGCCUUUGCCAACUGACAAAGCACUUAAACUUUGAGAUAUUUUACACAAAGUUUUGCCCUUGGAGCCAUCCAGUUUAGCUUUAUUUUUAUGUGCCACAUAAUUAUUCUUAAGAAUUAAUCUGUGAUCAUUAUUUCAUAUAAUAACUAUCAUAAAAAUAGGAACUCUUCCUUUAAUGGGAAGAAUUUAUUUAACACUAGAAAGAUACAAGCAUGAAAAAAUUUUAUUUCAUCCUAUUUUCAAAAUUUAUGAAUUUUUUAUUAUUUUUAUUUUUUUUAAAUAAUCUGUACUUAAACAAAAACAUGCAUUAAAUCCAGUUGGCAUAUCUGCAAACUCUGCUGUUUUUUAACAAAGACUUCUGUAUUUUACGACUAUCUCCUGUUUACCUGUAUAUUUUCAAAUUUCUCCGUAUUUGUUGAAGAAACUGAAAAUAAAAAAAAUUUGGACAAUGAAAUAUCUGCAGAUAGCAAAAAUACUUCUCUUAUUCCUCAACAGAUGGUGCUAUUGCCAGUACUGCAGUAUGUUGGGUGUUUAUAGUUUAAGUAAUUAUGAGUAAUGGUUUUAAAAAAAUCUUUAGAUUAAGAUUUAUAUAUAUAUUUUUUACUUCGCUAAAUCUAAGUGCUUAUAUUAUUUCCAAUCAUGAAUUUCUCUUUUUGAUUUACAUGAUUUGAUUACAUGAUGCUUGAUGUAUCAAAACCUUUCUCAUGGCCUAAAAAUGUUGCUAAUAAAAUCUUAAUUAUUUUAUUUCUCCGGUGUUGUCAAUUAUGAGUUGGUCACUGAAUUCCAACUCACCGUGUGAGAUUUUGCUAUAUCUCUAUAAACUAGUUGUUGUCUUAAGUAAAGUUUCAUCAGAUCUAUAGCAUCAAGAACAGAAUUUCUAAGAUAAUAAAAUUUCAUCAGAUCUAUAUCAUCAGGAACAGAAUUUCUAAGAUAAUCUUUUUCUAUUUUAUCAAAUAUCAUGAGAAUGAACUGCUGUAUUUGUUUGCAAUAAUGAUAGUGUACCAUAUAUUUUUUAUUCUUAAAAUUGUUUUUAUUAUUUCAUGCUUAAAAAUUUAUUUUUUUCGUUUACACCAAGAAAAAGUGAGAAAAUUGUUUGCUGAGAGAUAGGACACUCUAAUGCAUUUAACAUAGUAUCAUAUGAAAAGGGCAAUUUUCCUUAUUAAAUCCGAAAUCUUGUUAUAAGUGAAUCCUACUCUUAAUUAUUUGUUGUGCUCAAUUUUAUUCCCUGGAUCUUUCUGGUGUUAAAAAUUGCUUGUGAGUGCCAACUGAUUAACAAAGUUUUAAAUUACAGUUACAAUUUACUGUAAAAUCUAAAUCAGCAUUUUUAUAAAAUCUAUUCUGUGCUGAAAGCAAUGUCUUAAGUAUCACCAUCUAAACAAGUUAUAAAAUAACUUAAAUGAAUUAAGUUUAUAUUCUCCACAGGGUAAAGAAAUAUAAUUUUUUUAAAGUAAAAGGCUGUACCUUGCAAAAUUAUUCUUAAAUUGUUUCCGGGUUAACAACCUGGAAAACUUUCAUGAAAAAAGAAAUCAAAAUCAUUCCUCAUAAUGUAAAUUAUUUUAAUAAAGGUUAGUGAUACCAUGAAAUGUAGUUAUAAAUGUUUUGUAAAAAUGUCUUAUCAAUUUUUUUUAUUUAUUUAUCAUAAAGGAUGAGAUAAGAUGAUUUUUAUCAAAAAGCAAUUUUGAGAGAAACGUUUUUUAAAU